AUGGCAGACGACGAUGCGACUGUAGUUUUUGAUAAUGGAUCAGGUAUGUAAACAACACAACGGUAACUACGUUCUUAAUAUAUUCUAGCUUUCUACUACGUUUUACUCAUCAUCAGGAAUCAUGCUAGGUUACGUUACAACAACAUGUAUAGGUGUGGAGAUUAAAGUAAUGUGAUAUUAUAUAUACAUGGAGAAGAGAAUCAAAAGAUUAAUAUUAAUAAAGAAUUAGUUAAAUAUUAUGAGGUCCGUGAUAAAGUUCAGGAUUAAAACGUCAAAUGGCAGGUGACUAUUCUUGAAGCAAUAAGGACCAAUGGCAAGGGGUGAGCUACAGUUACAAAAUACGCCGGUUUUCCAAUUACGUUUAGCUAGCAAUUUCCCAAUUUAGAUCUACGAAAAACGAAAUAUCACGUUCAACGUCAAAAAACGUUACUUAAGAAAAAUUGGGAACCAGGGAAGUGUUGCAAGGAUGCCAUCUAGCCUGAAAUAUACUUGACUUGUGUGUUUUGAGUACGCAAAACAAUGUUUGGCAGGCAAGCACAUUGAAAUGAACUGAGAAGUGGAACGCUACCUCCCACCGGAAAUUUGAGGUCAAACUUGAAUAAGGCCAAUCCCAGUCUUUCACGCAUGCGAAGAACAUUCAAUCAAAAUAUAAACAUGAAGAGUCAAUCAUGUCAUAAACACGCGUGAUCUUACCUCCAGCAUCAAGAAGAAGAUAGGCAGUUUAUCUGACGGUAGCGUUCCACUAAUAUUCAUUUCAAUGGGCAAUCAACACUUCAAUCGCUGGCCCACUGAAGAAUAUCUGUAAUAACAAUCCAGCCGUUCCGCAUGUUGUAACCAAUAAUCUAUUGGCGUUGUAAUGCCAUUGUAUGCAAUAAAGUAUUGGGUUGUAAUGGGUCUACAAUUAAUCCAAACAUUAGUCCAAAUCCAAACCCUAAGCUCUAACCCCCUAACCCUAUAUAAGGUUGAUGGCCUUUUUUCCUUUCCUAGUUUCCUCCACCCCGCCGGCACAGAAUAAGAAGGUACAGCAGAAGUGUAACUCGAGUCGGUUCCCUUAUUGUUCUACGUCCACGAAAAUUGUAACUCGCUCACGCCAUCCUGGCUAGUACAACCAGAAGUUUUUAUCAGGUUUUGGUAGGUACAAAGUGCCGGUUGUACUAGUCAGGAUGGCGUGAUUGAUGACAAAUCGCUUGUAAAAACGCGGACAGAUACUUGCUUGAGUUACAAUUCUGCUGUACCUUCUUAUUCUGUGCCGCCGGCCUUUAACUUUCGUGAAUUUUCAAGAAAAUUUGGUAAUGAGUUUCUUUUGGUAAAAUUUUGGUAAAAUCUGAAAGGUUUGAAUUAUUAAAAAUAGUUGGUAAAAAUGUGUGUUUCUUGUUUAAUAACGUGCUCAAAGUGAUGAACAGAACUGUCAAGCCUAAGAAAUAAAACCUUAUCAUUAGCAAAAACUGCAAUACGAUGAAAGCAACAAGUAUUUCGAGACACUUUUUGUGAAUAUUUUUUCUACUUUGAUGACGUAACUAUUGUUUUUUGGCAUUAUCAUGACGUAAUUAUUUGGGAAGCCGACAUUUGGUAAAAUUUUUCUUAAUUUAGUAAAAUUUGAACAAAAUUUUGGUAAUGACUGCUGAAAAAGUCUGGUCACACUGCUUGUGGUUUUGUCUUCAGUUACAACCCAAUACUUUAUUGCAUACAAUGGCAUUACAACGCCAAUAGAUUAUUGGUUACAGCCCACUUGUAAUAACAAUCGCUGGCCCACAAGAAUAUGUGUAAUGUGGACAUUUCGUAACUUGGGUCUAAAUGUCGAUGCAGGCCAACUGACUGAUUUCCCAAUUUCAUGACCAGAUCUAGAUAUUUUGGGCAUCAUAUCUUGCUCGAUAUAGAACUAACAGUUGAAGGGUUUUGUAUGUAGAUGGAACUUUGAGCUGAGGCCGAUUAUAUAUACAAUUGCAUUUUUCUCCGUUGCUCCUCAUUCUGCAAAUUGUAAUUUCAUCGCUUGUAAUUUCAUCUGCAAAAUCCCCUCAAAUGAUCAGAUCUGUCUAUAAUCUUACAGUUAUCAAAUAUAAAUUCUGGCAAUACACAAGUUCAGUGGAGAUGACUCAAAUGAGUUAGUUUCCAGUUUCCACGUCAAGAUAUAUAUGUAGUUGAACUGAUAGAUUUGAAUAUGUUGAAAAUGUUCGCACGAUGUGAUGUGGUUGAAGAUUUCAGAUUUAUUGUCCAUUGAUUGUUCUUUGAUUAUUUUUACAUUCAGGACAAGUAAAUUCGUAAUUUGUCCUGCCGUAAAAAAUUACUAAAAAUCGGUAAAACAGAUCACUGUUUCUAUAGAAUCGAAGAACACUCACUGGAGAAUGAAUCUUCAAUCACAUCACAUCGUUUCAACAUCUGAUCAAACUCAACUCCUACUUGUCACGUACUGCCAGAAUUUAUACUUCAUCACUUGAAUAGACAGUACGUUCUGAGUACUGUUAUUAAUCUCUUCUAUAUAAUAUAUAUAUAUAUAUAUAUAUAUAUAUAUAUAUAUAUAUAUAUAUAUAUAUAUAUAUAUAUAUAUAUAUAUAUAAAAUUUCUAUUUGUUUCAGAUCUGGCGUCACACAUUUGACAAUGAACUUCGAGUAGCACCAGAAGAACAACCCGUCCUCCUUACCGAAGCUCCCAGAAACCCGAAACCCAACCGAGAAAAAAUGACACAGGUAAAAAGCACACCAAUGAUUAUAAUAGCCAUAUUUGUACUUUUAUAGAUUGACGAUAAAUUUAAUUACUUAGUACAGCCAGAACGACUAGUUGUUUCUGAUGUUAAUUAUUUUAUUCAAGAGACAACAAUAUGCAUAUCAACUUUUUUCCUAAUCAGUUUAACUGAAAUAGAAAUAUAUUGGUGUUUGGGUUGCAUGAUCAAUAAUUAAUUAGAAAUUUUGUGUUCUACAUAUAAUAAAUUUAAUAUGCCCUGGAAUUAAGAUGUGGCACUGUAAACAGUUGCAUUUUUAACUAGUUAACUUUAAUUCUAAAACAGUGAAUAUUUGACAAAUAAUUGAUUGAUAUUUUUAUUUUUUACAGAUAAUGUUUGAAUUCUUCGACACCCCAGCUAUGUAUGUAGCCAUCCAGCCCACAUUAUCUAUGUAUGCUUCUGGUCGUAUGACAGGAAUGAUCUUACUGACUACCUUAUGAAAAUCUUGACGGAGAGAGGUUACUCAUUCACCACGACUUCCGAAACAGAAAUUGCCCGUGAUAUCAAAGAGAAGCUGUGCUAUGUCGCUCUCGAUUUUGAACAAGAAACGGAUACUGAAGCAACCAGUCCUAGCUUGGAGAAGGCCUACGAGCUUCCUGACGGUCAAGUUAUCACUGUUGGUAACGAGCGAUUUCGAUGCCCGGAACCAUUCUUCCAACCAUCAUUCCUCGGAGUGGAAGGUGCUGGUAUCCAUGAAACCUGCUAUAACUCCAUCAUGAAAUGUGAUGACGACAUCUGGAAAGAUCUGUAUGCUAACACCGUGCUUAUCGUUCACCGAAAAUGCUUCUAA